AUGUCCAAAGCCCAACUCACCCCCCUCGCGGACCUCCGCGUCUCCAAGCACAUGAUCCCCGCCCACAAACUCGUCCCCAAUACCUCGAUCCAAAACAAGCCGCUGCUGAUAUACCACUCCGCCUUCCCCUCCUCCACCAGCGCAUCCUCAAUCCAGUCACACCUCAAGUCCGUCGGCGAAGUAACGCCUCAAUGGACCUACACGAUGUACUCGACAACCCACUUCCACAGCACGACGCACGAGCUGCUCGUCGUGGCUCACGGCUCAGCCAAAUUGUGUUUCGGCGGCGAAGAGAACGAGGGGCGUGUCGAGCCGACGGUGACAAAGGGGGAUGUGAUGGUCGUGCCUGCGGGCGUGGGACAUAGACUUCUGGAGGAUCUGGAGGGGGGGUUUCAGAUGGUGGGGGCGUAUCCGGGGAAGGGAGACUGGGAUAUGUGUUAUGGGAAACAGGGCGAGGAGGAGAAGGUCAAGGGGAUUGAGAAGCUGGGGUGGUUCAAGCGGGAUCCGGUGUAUGGAGAGAAGGGGCCGGUGAUGGAGGUUUGA